AUGAGCUCUCUGAACUGGGGUGGGCCCAGUGCUUUGCUGCUGCUGCUCCUAGGCUGGGCCAGUCCCACCUUCAUCAGCCUUAACCGUGGGGUCAGGGUGAUGAAGGGCAGCUCUGCCUUCCUGUCGGGAGAUGACCUGAAGUUUGCCAUCCCCAAAGAGAAAGAUGCUUGCAAAGUGGAAGUUGUGAUGAACGAGCCAAUGACCCAAAGGGUCGGGAAACUCACUCCACAGGUCUUUGACUGCCAUUUCCUUCCCAAUGAAGUAAAGUAUAUUCAUAAUGGUUGCCCGAUUCUUGAUGAAGACACAGUGAAGCUUAGACUUUACAGAUUUACUGAGACAGAUACCUUCACAGAAACCUUUAUCCUGCCGGUCUAUCUCCUCGAACCAGACUGUAACAUCAUCCGUAGGAGUAACAAUGUCCUGGAGGUGUCUAAAUUCUAUGGCCUUUCCCCAGCCAUUGAUAAGAACCUCCUCAGAUUUGAUUACGAGAGGACGGCUGGCCUGGAGUGUACAGUCAGGCUGGAUCCUGUGGGAAGCCGGCUGCCCGCCCACGGUCAGAUGGUCCUGCUGGAGCCUCGGCCAGAAAAACCUCGUGGAGAUCAGCCACACAGUUUUUUCCCUGAGUCUCAACUGGGAACAGAGCUGAGGUGUCCAGGUGGAAGCUGUGCCCUGGGACUGAAGAAAAUGGGAAGUGCCAAGGUGAGCUGUGAGGAGUUCCUGCUGAUGGGGCUUCGCUAUCAACACACAGAUCCCCCUUCUCCCAACAUCGACUACAUCUCCAUCCAGCUGGACCUCACAGAUGGCAGGAGCAAAAUCGUGUACAAGUCAGAGAGUGCGUGGUUGCCCGUCUAUAUCAGAGCUGGCUUUCCUAAUCAGAUUCCAAGAGCCGCAUUCAUGGCCAUGUUUACUCUGGAAGUGGAUCAGUUCAUCCUGACCUCCCUGACUCCAUCCGUUCUGGACUGUGAAGAGGACGAGACCCCCAAGCCCUUGCUGGUGUUUAAUAUCACCAAAUCUCCACUGGACGGCUAUGUGACGCAUCUGUGGGAUCACACCAGACCGGUCUCCUCGUUCACCUGGAAGGAUCUAAGUGACCUGCAGAUAGCCUAUCAGCCGCCGAGCAGCAGCCAUUCUGUGCGGAGACAUUAUGAGCUGGAGGUGGAGGUUUAUGAUUUCUUCUUCGAGAGGAGUGCACCGAUUACAGUCCACAUCUCCAUCAGAACAGCAGAUACCAACGCCCCGCGGGUGUCCUGGAACACAGGUCUGAGUCUUCUAGAGGGCCAGUCUCGGGCCAUCACUUGGGAGCAGUUUCAGAUUGUCGACAACGAUGACAUCCAUGCUGUCCGGCUGGUCACCGUGGGCGGCCUGCAGCAUGGACGGCUUACACUAAGAGGCGGGAAAGGAUUUCUCUUCACUGUGGCUGACCUUCAGGCUGGAGUCGUUCGCUAUCAUCAUGACGACAGUGAUUCCACCAAAGACUUUGUGAUCUUCAGGAUAUUUGAUGGCCAACAUAGCAUCCGCCAUAAGUUUCCCAUCAACAUUUUGCCUAAAGAUGACAGUCCCCCGUUCCUCAUAAGCAAUGUUGUGAUUGAACUGGAGGAGGGGCAAACCAUACCGAUCCAGGGUUCCAUGCUCAGAGCAUCAGACAUGGACUCCAGCGAUGACUACAUCUUCUUUAAUAUCACAAAACCUCCUCAAGCUGGAGAAAUCAUGAAGAAACCAGGGCCAGGGCUGAUAGGCUAUCCUGUCCCUGGCUUCCUUCAGAGGGAUCUAUUUAAUGGCAUCAUUUACUAUCGUCACUUUGGUGGAGAGAUCUUUGAAGACUCUUUUGAAUUUGUCCUGUGGGACAGCCACGAACCUCCAAAUCUCUCAGUGCCGCAGGUGGUGACCGUCCAUAUCACUCCAGUGGAUGAUCAGCUUCCAAAAGAGGCUCCUGGAGUUUCUCGGCAUUUGGUUGUCAAGGAAACGGAGGUGGCCUACAUAACUAAGAAACAUCUACAUUUUAUAGAUACUGAAUAUGACAGUGAGCUUCUCUACACGAUAACGACACCUCCGUUUUUCUCUUUCGGCCACAGACAUCUGGAUGCUGGGAAAUUAUUCAUGGUGGAUAGUGUCCCAAAGCUGACCAAAAAUCCUGCAGCCCUGGGGCUGGGGUCAUUCACUCAGCAUGCUGUGAACCACAUGAAAGUGGCCUACAUGCCACCCAUGCAAGAUAUAGGCCUCCAUCCAGGACAUGUCCAGUUUGCCUUUUCCAUCAGUAACCAACAUGGUGGCACUUUGCACGGGAUCUGCUUUAACAUCACAGUUCUUCCAGUGGACAAUCAAGUUCCCGAGGUGUUUACCAACUCCCUGAGAGUGACUGAGGGAGGUCAGUGUAUCAUCAACACAGAGAAUGUUCUGGUUUCUGAUGUGGAUACCAAACUGGACAAUGUCUAUCUCUCCCUGCAAAGACCGCCUCAGUGUGGAAGUGUGGAGCUGGAUGGAUUUCCUCUAAACACAGGAGACACAUUUUCUUGGGGAGACCUCCAUGCCUUAAAAGUUAGGUAUCAGCAUGAUGGCUCUGAGAGACUUCAGGAUGACAUAUUCUUGGAGGUCACAGAUGGCACGAGUUCAGCAGAAUUUGUACUACAUGUUGAGGUAUUCCCUGUAAAUGAUGAGCCACCAAUCCUAAAGGCUGACCUCAACCCCAUGAUGCAUUGCUCGGAGGGUGAAGAGGUGGUCAUCACCUCAGAAUACAUUUUUGCUACUGAUGUGGACAGUGAUGACUUGAAGCUGAUGUUUGUCAUUGCUCGAGAGCCUCAGCAUGGGGUGGUGAGGAAAGCUGGAGUCACAGUGGAUCAGUUCUCUCAGGAAGAUGUCAUCUCAGGGGCCGUGACAUACAAACACACGGGUGGUGAGAUUGGCCUGAUGCCUUGUUUGGAUACCAUUACGUUGGUGGUUUCGGAUGGAGAAGCCGGCCCUUUUGUGAAUGGCUGUUGCUACAAUGGGCCUCAUCCAUCUGUUCGUCCUCAUGAGUCCUUCCCGGUGUAUGACCUCAAUAUCACGGUGCAGCCAGUGGACAACCAAUCACCUUCAAUUGCAAUAGGUACCAUGUUCGUGGUAGAUGAGGGUUUCUCUGCAGCCCUUACCAUUAACCAUUUGUCUGCCACUGACCCUGACACUGCAGGAGACGACUUGGAAUUUGUUUUGGUUUCUUCUCCCCAGUUUGGCUACCUUGAGAACACACUUCCUUCUGCAGGUUUUGAAAAAAGCAACAUGGGUGUAAGCAUAGCUUCAUUCUGGUGGAAAGACAUGAAGGCUUUGCACAUUAACUACGUGCAGGCCAGGCAUCUGAGGAUGGAACCAACGGCAGACCAGUUCAUGGUGUACGUCACAGAUGGGAAGCGACGCUCCUUGGAGAUACCAUUUCACAUUAUCAUCAACCCCACGAAUGACGAAGCUCCUAACUUUGUAGUGCAGAAUAUUACUGUGUGUGAGGGUCAGAUGAAAGAACUGGAUACCUCCGUCAUCGAUGCUGCUGAUCUCGACCUUCCCAAGGACCUCUUGCUUUUCAGUGUCACUCGUAAACCAAGCCAUGGCCUCCUCAUCAACAGGGUGCUUGGCAAAGACUUUCCGCAAAAUAUGCAGCCUGUCAACCCCAGCCAGAAGCAUGAACUCGUUCAGAACUUUUCCUUGGAACUUCUCAAAAAUGGAAUGAAGUUGGUAUAUGUGCAUGAUGACUCAGAGAGCCUUGCUGAUGACUUCACAGUCCAGUUGUCAGAUGGGAAACAUAAGAUAUUAAAAACCAUUUCAGUGGAGAUCACCCCAGUUAAUGAUGAGAAACCAACGCUGAACAAGAAGGCUGAAAUUACCAUGAAAAUGGGUGAAACGCGUAUUAUUUCUAGUGCCGUGCUUUCAGCCAUAGAUGAAGACUCACCCAGGGAGAAGAUUUACUAUUUGUUCGAAAGGCUUCCCCAAAAUGGGCAGCUUCAACUUAAGAUAGGGAGGGACUGGGUCCCUGUCUACCCCGGCAUGAAGUGCACUCAGGAGGACGUGGAUCUGAACUUGCUGAGAUACACGCACACCGGGUCGAUGGAUUCCCAGGACCGAGACAGCUUUACCUUCUACCUCUGGGAUGGUGACAACAGAUCACCAGCACUGGACUGUCACAUCACCAUCAAGGAUAUGGGAAAAGGUGAUAUUGCCAUCCUUGUGAAACCGCUGGUGGUGUCUAAAGGUGACCGGGGUUUCUUGACGACCACCAGUCUCCUUGCUGUGGAUGGAACAGACAAACCUGAGGAACUGCUCUAUGUCAUCACCUCCCCUCCACGGUUUGGCCAGGUCGAGUAUGUCCGCUAUCCUGGAGUCCCCAUCACAAGCUUCAGCCAGAUGGACAUAGCAGGACAGACAGUCUGCUAUGUGCAUAAGAGCAAGGCAGCUGUCUCCCGUGACACCUUCAGAUUCAUCAUCAGCAAUGGCCUGCAGACCAAACAUGAGGUGUUUGAGAUCAUACUGGAGACUGUGGAUAGAGCCUUACCUGUGGUGACCAGGAACAGGGGGCUGAGACUGGCUCAAGGGGCCACGGGCCUGCUCUCCCCUGACCUCCUCCAGCUGACCGACCCUGACACUCCAGCAGAGAACCUCACCUUCGUGUUGGCCCAGCUCCCACAACAUGGCCAACUUUGCCUGCGGGGGACAGUGCUGCUUCAACAUAACUUCACUCAGCGGGAUGUGGACAACAGGGAUGUGGCCUACAGGCACCUGGGAGGGGAUUCCCGGGCUGACUGCUUUACCUUUGUGGCCACAGAUAGGACGAACCAAGGCUUUGUGGUGGAGGGAAGAGUGGGCCAAGAACCUGUUUCAUUCACGAUCCAGGUUGACCAGCUGGACAAAACAGCCCCCUACAUCACACACUUGCAUUCCCCUUCUCAAGUGGGGCUCCUGAAAAAUGGAUGUUAUGGGAUUUACCUCACUUCCCAUGUGUUGAAGGCAUCAGACCCUGACACCAAUGACGAUCUGAUCAUCUUUAAGAUUUUACGAGGCCCCCAGCAUGGACAUCUGGAGAACACAACAACAGGUGAAUUUAUCCAUGAGAAAUUUAUCCAAAAGGACUUAAACAGUAAGACCAUUCUUUACAUCAUAAGCCCGUCUUUGGAAGUGCAUUCAGAUAUCAUGGAAUUUCAAAUCAUGGACCCCACGGGGAACUCUGCCGCUCCUCAAGUUUUGGAACUGAAGUGGUCUCACAUCGAAUGGUCACAGACUGAAUACGAGGUCUGUGAGAAUGUGGGCAUGUUGUCUUUGGAAAUUACCAGAAGGGGAUAUUCCAUGGACUCCGCCUUCGUGAGUGUGAAGGUCAACCAAGUGUCAGCCACAGUUGGAAAAGACUUCACUCUGACUCCAUCUAAACUGAUUCAGUUUGACCCAGGAAUGUCAACGAAGAUGUGGAAUAUAGCAAUUACCUAUGACGGAUUAGAGGAAGACGAUGAGGCCUUUGAAGUGAUUCUGAACUCCCCCGUGAAUGCGGUUCUUGGCACAAAGACAAAAGCUGCAGUGAAAAUUUUGGACUCAAAAGGAGGACAGUGCCAGCCUUCAUAUUCCUUCAGCCCCAGUAAGCACAGCGCACCGGAGAAGAGCAUUUGGCACCUGCUGUCCCCAGGGUCUUCCUCACCCACCACUUCUGGUUCCUUUCGUCUGGAAAGACGACCUCUUCCAACCUCCAAGCGGCUGGCAGUCACUAGGGGAGGCAUCCGACAGGGUUUUCAGUCUCCAGAUCUUUCUCGUAUGAAGCUUAGGACCCGGGGGAAUGGCAUAACGGUCUUUCCAUCUUCUGUCUAUAGAAAUGGAACCGACAUCAUCUAUAAUUAUCACGGAAUGGUUUCCCUGCCGCUGGAGGAAGACGGUUCCCCAUCCCACAAAAGGAAGGCCAAAGUCUCCAUUAUGAGACAGACACAAAAGACAAGCAAAUUGGCAGAUAAGGUGGAAUCCACAACCGACUCACACUUCCCCAGACAGGACCCGCUGCCCUCAUUUCCAAAGAACUGCACGCUGGAAUUAAGGGGACUUUUGCACUUUCAAGAACACCUCCAAGAGCUGUACGAGUGCGAUGGAAUUGCCUGGAAAGCUUGGAGCCCCCAUACCGAGGUGGCGGAAGGUAAAUCCUGCCCAGCUGGGUGGUACCGUCACUCGGGGUACUGCCACUCCCUGGUCACAGAGCGGAAAGGCACCUGGAACUCAGCUGCCCGAGCUUGCAAGGAACAUCACAUGGGCAGCCUUGUGACUGUUCUCUCCAGACAGCACAUGCAAUGGCUCUGGGACAUCAGUGGAAGAAAGCCCUUUUGGAUAGGUUUGAAUGACCAAGUGCGUGCUGGCCACUGGGAGUGGAUUGGUGGGGAAGCUGUCACCUUCACCAACUGGAGGAAAGGACCCCCUCAACGUAUGAAGCCCGGCAAGAACUGUGUUUUGGCGCAAAGACAAGGGAAAUGGCAAACGCAAGACUGUAGGAAGGGCAAACCUCACAAUUACGUGUGCUCCAGGAAAAUCUAAAUGUGGCUGAUCUUACAGGUGCCCACUCGGGAUUUCUCACCUAUUUAUUUACAGAAUUUGUGCAUAUGGUUCAAUACAAAACAAGGUGUCAUGACUGACUUAGUACAUUUUUUUUUUAUCAUAGUAUAUGAGUGAUCUAGUAAAAAAAGGAACAUUGAAGAAUUGUUCCAGGAGGAUUGAUCAAUGAGCAUUUCUUUCAGGAAGAGAUACAAUUCUUGUAUCUCAGUACCUUUCAAAAUAAAUACCUAAAGUAUUAUAUGGUACAAGAUUUACUUAUUCCAGAAUAUUCCCACCCUGUCCCCACUCCAUAUCUAAGUCCUCACCAAGCUCAUGGUCCUUGGAUUUUUUUUGUCCCAAGACCUCA